CACAGAAGACUGAUGCGAUCAGUGAGCUGGCAGACUUAACGAUAGUACGAGACUUGCACGAGCUUGGAUUAUAGUAGCGACGGCGAGAAUCAAUCGGCAGCGGCUACAGCCAUAAUGUGGCUUUAUACGUGUGUGUUCGUAGCGACUGCUUUGGUGGUUUGGACGGAUGCGCAAGAUUGUUCAACGAAUCCAUGCAAUGCUCGUGGAGUUACGCGUACGUGCUAUGACCGGGUAAAUCCACCAUUGGGCGAAUCGUCAUUCGUGUGUGAAUGUAUAGAAGAGAUCGAUACUAAUUGGAUGGGUUCUGAUUGCAAUGAAAUAGGAGAUCACCAAAACCUGUAUAGCUGUUAUGGAAUUGAGUGCGCAACGGGAUCUUUUCAAUCCAUCAACUGGCCUAAUGCCUACCUUCCUCGGUAUUCGGCAGGAUAUAUAUGUUACAUUCCCGGUGCCACGUCUAUAACCUUAACAUUUGACCAAAUUUUUCACGUGGAAGAACCAAAAGACGAACUAUACCUUGGCCCUGGGGUGAGGUACGACGUUGCAAAUUUCCAAGGCGUAAGCCAGCCCGGUGUGCUUUGGUUCUAUGAUGGCCAAGCUGUCCCAGAAACAUUGACAAUUGAGAGUGAUUCGUUCUGGAUGUACUUCGGUACUGAUAAGAACUUGGAAUACUCGGGAUGGAAAGUCACGUGGAAUGCAGCUGUCAACCCGUGUGACCCAAAUCCUUGUUUGAACAGCGGUAUAUGUAACAACUUAGGAACUACGUACACGUGCACUUGUGUGGGCUGUUAUACUGGAAAUAUAUGUCAGACUGCAAUCGCCAAUCCAUGCCUGACCAAUCCAUGCCAAAAUAAUGGUAUAUGCCAAGCUACGACAUGUUCAACAUAUUCAUGUUCCUGUCAAGGCUGUUAUACUGGAAAUAACUGUCAAACACGUGAGUGAUUAGCAACAAUCCAUCUUCUAGGCAACGUAGUGUGUUAGCCUGCCAUAUACUACAAGAAAUGCACGAC